AUGGACGGAGGUGGCGACGGUGGCAGAAAUGGUGGGACUUUCGGGGUACAGAUCUGGAACGGCCCUCGCAGGCUCCCGGAUUUCCUCCAGAGUGUAAACUUAAAGUAUGUUAAACUGGGCUACCAUUAUUUGGUCUCUAAUUUGUUUACUCUUUGCUUAGUGCCCAUAAUGUUGAUUAUUAUUAUCGAGUCAUCACAAAAGAACCCUGAUGAUAUCCGACAGUUGUGGCUUCAUUUGCAAUACAAUCUUGUUUCUGUUAUUAUAUGUUCUGCAUUUCUUGUAUUUGGAUCCACUCUGUAUAUUAUGACUCGGCCUAGACCUGUUUAUUUGGUUGAUUUUUCUUGUUAUCGGCCUCCUGAUAAUCUGCAAGCACCCUUUCGUCUGUUCAUGGAGCAUUCCCGGCUCACCGGGGAUUUUGAUGAUUCGGCACUUGAAUUUCAAAGGAGAAUUCUUGAGCGUUCGGGGCUUGGAGACGAGACUUAUGUUCCUGAGGCCAUGCAUUCCGUUCCUCCCCGGCCAUCAAUGCAGGCUGCUAGGGAGGAGGCUCAGCAGGUGAUGUUUGGGGCGUUGGAGAAUUUGUUUGCAAAUACCAAUAUUAAGCCGAAGGAUAUAGGGAUUCUUGUGGUGAACUGUAGUUUGUUUAAUCCAACGCCAUCACUCUCGGCCAUGAUCGUGAAUAAGUACAAGUUGAGGGGGAAUAUUUUGAGUUUUAAUUUGGGAGGGAUGGGCUGUAGUGCAGGAGUGAUUGCUGUUGAUUUGGCCAAGGACUUGUUGCAGGUGCAUAGGAAUACUUAUGCAGUUGUGGUUAGUACUGAGAAUAUUACGCAGAACUGGUAUUUUGGGAACAAGAAGUCAAUGUUGAUACCCAAUUGUUUGUUUAGAGUUGGAGGUUCAGCGGUGUUGUUGUCUAAUAAGUCAGCUGAUAGAAGGAGGGCGAAAUACAAGCUUGUUCAUGUGGUGAGGACGCAUAAAGGUGCGGAUGAUACUGCGUUCCGAUGUGUGUAUCAGGAGCAGGAUAAUGCUGGGAAUACUGGGGUUUCUUUGUCAAGAGAUCUAAUGGCUAUUGCCGGUGGAGCUCUGAAGAUUAAUAUCACUACGCUAGGUCCUCUUGUGCUACCGGUCAGUGAGCAGCUUUUGUUCUUUUCCACAUUGGUACUCAGAACGUUGUUUAAUAGGAAAAUAAGGCCUUACAUUCCCAAUUUUAAGUUGGCGUUUGAUCAUUUCUGCAUACAUGCCGGAGGAAGGGCAGUGAUUGAUGAGCUGGAGAAGAAUCUGCAGCUGUUACCGGUUCACGUGGAGGCUUCAAGGAUGACUCUCCAUCGAUUUGGGAACACUUCAUCGAGCUCCAUUUGGUAUGAAUUGGCAUACAUUGAGGCAAAGGGAAGGAUGCGGAGGGGUCACCGAGUCUGGCAGAUUGCUUUUGGGAGUGGGUUCAAAUGCAAUAGCGCGGUGUGGGAGGCACUUCAGAAUGUAAAACCAUCUCGUAAUGGUCCCUGGGAGGAUUGUAUUCACAGGUAUCCUGUGAAUCUCAUCUCAUAG